CUCUCUCUCUCACACACACACACACACGCAUUCGGAGCAGCAGCAGCUCGGAGAGCAUGUCAUAACGCAGAGGAUCAGCUCUUCUGACUGAAGGUCCUCCACCCGCCCUGUCGCUCCUCUCCAUCUGUGACCCGUCAUGUCCAUCGCUCUCAAACAGGUGUUCAACAAGGACAAGACGUUCCGGCCCAAGCGCAGGUUCGAGCCGGGAACACAGCGUUUCGAGCUGCACAAGCGGGCGCAGGCGUCUCUGAGCUCGGGGCUGGAUCUGAGAGCGGCGGUGAAGCUGCCGCAGGGCGAGGAUCUGAACGACUGGGUGGCCGUGCACGUGGUGGACUUCUUCAACCGCAUCAACCUCAUCUACGGCACGGUGUGCGAGUUCUGCACGGACAGGAGCUGUCCGGUGAUGUCUGGCGGCCCGCGCUACGAGUACCGAUGGCAGGACGAGAACAAGUACAAGAAGCCCACGCCGCUGCCCGCGCCGCAGUACAUGAACCUGCUGAUGGACUGGAUAGAGAUGCAGAUCAAUAACGAGGACAUCUUCCCCACCAGCAUCGAGUCAGAAGUGUUGUGAAGAGAGUAAAGGCCAGUGGUUUUCUGAAGUCUGUUUCUGAAGUGAUAUGGAGCUGUAAUGCAGUCAGCAAACCAGUUAAAGAAAAUUAAUCAACACCAGUC